UCUUGUUUCUUCUCUCGCAGGUCCCCAUAGCCGGGUUUCCAAAUGCCCUCCCAACGAACAACAGUGCAUCGGCAUGGAGCUGUGCAUCCACAUGAGCAAGCUGUGCAACGGAGUGCCGGACUGCACAGAUGGCUGGGACGAGGGCCCCCACUGUCGGGCUCUCGCCCCGAACUGCACACACUUUGGCUGUGAAUACAACUGCUCCCUGACGGUGAACGGGCCGGAGUGUUACUGCAGAAAUGCGCACCAGCUGGCAGAGGAUGGCAAGGCCUGUAAAGAUUUCAACGAGUGCACAGUUUAUGGAACCUGCAGCCAGACCUGUGUGAACACUGAGGGGUCGUACACCUGUAGCUGUGUGGAGGGCUAUCUGCUGCAGCCAGAUAACAAAUCGUGCAAAGCCAAAAACGAGCCUGUGGACAGGCUUCCCGUGCUGCUCAUUGCAAACUCCCAGAACAUCCUGGCUACCUCUCUGAGCGGCGCGCCAGUGCCCAACCUCACCCCCACCAGCACCAAGCAGACCACGGCCAUGGACUUCAACUACGCUGAGGAGACGGUGUGCUGGAUCCACGUUGGGGACAGCGCCUCCAGCACCGUCCUCAAGUGCUCCAGGAUCCCCAACCUGAAGGCCUUCGCAGAGGAGCGGCUCAUCAACAUCUCUCUCAGCCUGCACCGUGAGUCCAUGGACACACAACCCACUCACCCUUUCAUAAUCCCCUGCAGGGGGUGCAUAAUGAUUUACGCUGGCAUAGACGUUCUUUACAGAACCAUAGCUGGGGAACGCAGUUGGAAUUUAAGUGGAGUCAGUCCUAGCACAGAGGGUGGGAGAAGCUUCUUACACAGAGUGAUGGAGAUAUGGGAUAUCUUACCUAGCUUUAUGGCUGAUGCUGAAUCAUUGGGUUCCUAGAUUACCCAGACACGAGCACUGAUGAAACGUUAAUUACAGCCGUAGCUUAGAGAGGCAAUUUCUAACAUUGAAGUAACUGCUUUAGCAGACAGAAAAGUACAAAUGGAUUGCUUGCAAAAUGCUGAUAACUGCCCAUUAACCAGUUAAGAUAAUGAGUCAGUUGCAGAUCACAUUGGCAGGCCCAAUUUGACACUGGUUCGAGAUCUUAAGAGUACACAAACAAUACAAGUAGAAGCAUUAAUUUCUAAGAUAACGGGUUAAAAACUUAUUUUAACUGGAUUUUGCUGUGAACUAGAGACUCCUUUUUAAAAGAAAGGUGUUUCUUGGAAAGCAAUAUAUUGUUAUAAGGUUUGACAGAGCUUUGUCUGUUAACUGUGCAUCUGUACAGAAGGGGUGGUCAAUAACAGUAAAGCACAACAAACAAAGAUGUAUGCAUUGCACAUUUACACACUGCUGAAAUUCUGCUGAAUCCAGUGGUUUAUUAUUUGUGGCUUUGGGCUCUCUCUAUUGAAGGAGCUCACCCUGAAGCUGAAGCAACAUAAGUGAAGUGUCUGUGGGUUAUCGUAAUUCAUCGGUAUGGUCCCAUGGGUCAUCCAGUGUCGGGAACACCCUUGAAAGACAAAGCACAAUGAAUGCUAUUUUCACAGUUAGAGAUUCAAUUAUUUAAGGUUUUUUUUCCCCCCCAAGACGGUUUAUUUGCUAUUGUAGCAGAAACAACUUUUCUCUGUUUUUGUUGUCAGAAAUCUGCCUCUGGCAGGCUAAGGUGGUUGAAAAAGUUACAGGAAGAAGUAUAUUCCAUUUUGAAAUGACAACAUAUUUUCCACUAAGCUUUGGCCCUGAUAGCAAUGCCAGAUGUUUUUGUCAUUUAAUCGAGUUAAAAGUAUGCAAAUGUGAAAAGAAACAAAAAGCGGUGAAACUUGUGUUCGAUUUGUACGCCUGGAAUAAACCGACAACACAGUGAACAUGAAUAAAUUCACUGUACUACCAGAUAAAUUACUGCAGGUAAGAGACAACGCUUUAACACGCGAUUUACAGGUGAUUUGAUUGCUGAUUUUUAUAGCAUGUGUUUCUCAAGUGUGUGACUUGUUGGUGUCGUGUAAUCUGCUCAUUUUUAAUUAAAGUGCAUAUUUGUUCUUGAUUACUGGUUUGCAUUGCUUAUUCUGCGUUCUGGUUGAGAAACAGUUGCUCAACACCCUCCCUGGCAGUGGAACACAAACCAAAAAACACUGAUUAAAAAAAAAAAAAAAAAAAAAAAAAAUCCUUCCAAUUUAAGGGAAUAUUUACUG